AUGCAGGGUUCGCUAUCAUCCCUGUCCCGGCCUCCAUGCGGAUGCGUCGUCCCUGGACGCGUCCCCUGUGCUCGUGUGCACGUAGCGCAGCAGUCUGCAAGCCGGCAGCCACUGGCCAUGCACCAGACUAUCGGUCGCGGGGGGGCGUCCUUUCCUUCACUCUCCUCCCGCUCCGCAGCCGCGUCUCCCACUGCUGCGUCUGCCAGCGUCCUUCGCUCCUCCUCCCUCCACCCGUGGGGAUGGCAGGGUCUAAGGGUCCCAGGAAGGAUAGAGCUAGGGAGAGGGAUGGGGUUACAUCCAGGCACAGGAUUGGCAGGAGGAUUUCAGGGCACAGGUGCAGCAGGAGCAGGAAGUAGCUUUGGAAGAGGUAGAGGGCUUAGACGAGCUGGUUCGUUGGGUGUAGUUGCGGCGGUUUCUGGUGCAGAUGCGUCUGGGGGAAGGGGAGACUCGUCUGGGUCCACGUCGCAGUGGAAGGCGGGCGAGGCGGCUGGCAGCAGCAAAUCGAAAGCUGCCAGCUCAGCAUCAGGCUCUGCAGGGAAAGCAGCUGGGGGGGCGAAAAAGGCGAAAGCGGGGAAGAAACGGUCGCAGGGCACGUCAGCAGUAGCAGCUGCUGACGUGGAUAAGGACUGGGAUCCGAUCACCGAGUUACUAGAGCGGGUGCCGAACCGGGUGGAGCCGCAGGUUCGGGUGAACGGGCAGCUGAUGUCUCUCAAGGAGGCAGAGGCUCGGGCCGUACCUGCGCCGAUCCGAGCCUUAAAUGCUCUAGAGCAAGGAGUUGAAAGCGCUCGUGAGGCGGCCUUGGGAAAGCUGACGGCGGUUCUAGGAGGGGUGGAUAAGGAGGUGAUUAUAGAGGAAGGGAUUGAAGAAGAGGGGUUGGCAGCAGAGGGAAGGGAAGGAAAGGAAGGGAAACAAUCUCAACAGGGAAUUUCCUUAGGCGCUGAUGCUACUCAGCAGGCUAAUCCCGUGUACCUGAAAGAUCUCCUGCGCGAGUUUAAGGGGGAGCUGGUGGUUCCAGAGGAGGCGUUCGCCCCGCGCGUGGUGGAAACCACUGCGUUUGAGCGCGCGCUGGCGGACGCUCCGCCCAUGAGCGCGGCGGAGUUUCUGGGUUUUGCGGAGAAGAAGCAGGUGGCGCUGGUAACGUCGCGCGGGUUGAAGCGGCGCGAUGGGAGGUUCGAGUACUGGGAUGUGCUGGUGCAGCUGAAGGAGGUCCCGGGGGAGCCUGCCCUCCAAACUAACUCCUGGAGGCUCAAAGUGGACUCUCAGUCCGUGCCAGCAGUGCUGGCGGCCUAUAAGGGACCACAGAAGGAGGUUGAGACCGUGUACUCGACGUUUGUCGAGGUGCCAUCAGCCAAGCCCCUCCCAGCAGCCUCCACCAUCUCCGGACGAAUCUUCCUGGAAUGUUCCAUCUUAGCAGCCAUCAUCCAAUCCUUCCUCUCCGCCCUCAUCGCCUCUUCCACCGCCGCCCUUCUCCUGGCCUCCUCCGCCGUGCUCUUUAUAGCCCGAUCCGUUUUAUGGCCCCUGGCGAAACCCCUGCUGACGCCUGUAGUCUGGGUUGUAGCGGCUGUAGCGAAGCAGAUAGCAGCUGUGCUCACUGCCACGUGGGCUAGUCUGUUUGCUCCGGGCGGCGCCAGUUUGUUUGGAUUCAUACAGCUACAGCUGGCAGCGAUGUUCGGGAGCGGAGGGAUAGCAGCGGGGGUGACUGGCGCUGCUGCCAACGCGUCAGGAGAUGCUAUUACUGACGUGGCAGCUGACCUGGCGCGGGAGAUUUUUAUCGGGAAGCUGAAGAGCUCGGCGAAAGCGGUGGGGAUGAUGGUGUUUGUGGUGCUGUUCAUGGCAGCUGGGGCGAAGUUUACACUGAACCGGCGUACUAGGGACUACACCAAGUGGGACAUUUGGCAAGCUAUUGAGUUCGGCCAGUCCAAGCCCCAGGCUCGAGUGGAGGGGUCCACAGGAGUGAAGUUUGAGGACGUGGCAGGCAUCGACGAGACCGUGCAGGAGCUGCAGGAGCUCGUGGAAUAUCUCAAAGACCCCCAGCGCUUCAACCUAAUGGGAACCAAGCCCCCGCACGGCGUGCUGCUGGAAGGGCCGCCUGGGUGCGGCAAGACACUCCUAGCCAAGGCCAUAGCAGGCGAGGCGGGAGUGCCGUUCUACCAGAUGGCGGGCUCUGAGUUCGCAGAGGUGCUGGUGGGGGUGGGGGCAGCUCGUGUGCGUGAUCUCUUCAAGCGAGCCAAGGUCAACAAGCCCGCUGUCGUCUUCAUCGAUGAAAUCGACGCCCUCGGUGCCGCCCGGUCAUCAGCUGGGGGGGAUGAAGGCGCGGAUGCGGGAGUGACGGAGCGUGAAACGACCCUGAACCAGCUGCUUAUCGAGCUUGAUGGCUUUGACACCGGCCAGGGCGUGGUGUUUAUCGGCGCCACCAACCGCAUGGACAUGCUCGAUGCUGCCCUGCUCAGGCCAGGGCGGUUUGACAGGAAGAUCACCGUCGUGCCACCAGGGUCCAAGGGCAGGGCGGAGGUGCUGAAGGUGCAUGCGAAGAAGGUCAAGAUGAGCCCCCACGUGGACCUCGACACGAUUGCAGCCAACCUCGCAGGGUGGAGUGGCGCCCAGCUGGCAAAUCUGCUGCAGGAGGCGGUGCUGGUGGCGGUGAGGAGGGGGGCGGGGGAGAUAGACGACAAGGAUCUCUACAUGGCAGCGGACCGCCUCACCCUCGGCACGCCCAGGGAUGGAGCGCAGUUGGCGAAUCUGCUGCAAGAGGCGGCGUUGGUGGCGGUGAGGAGGGGAGCGGGGGAGAUAGAGGACGAGGAUCUCUACACGGCAGCGGACCGCCUCACUCUCGGCACGCCCAGGGAGCGUUGGGGGGCAGAGCAGGGGAAGCACCCGAUGCUGGUGCGGAGAAUGGCGGUGCACGAGGUGGGGUUGGCGCUGACGGCGCUGCUGCUUAUUGAGUAUGACGACGCGCAGGUGGAGCCGCCUCAGCGACUCUCCAUCGUGCCCCGAGGCGAGACACCCUCGUGGACCGUAUUCAACCGCAUUGACGAUGAAGCGUACCUCUUUGAGAAGAGACGAACGCUGCUACACCGAUUGCAGGUGCUGCUGGGCGGCCGGGCGGCAGAGGAGGUGGUGUGGGGGCGGGACAGCAGCACGUACAGUCAGCGCCACGUGGCGGAUGCUUCCUGGAUGGCAUACAAGUUUGUCUCCAUAUGGCACAUGGCAGGGAAGGUACUGCCAAGAGGCAUCCCGCCCGCCUGGAAGCGCCGCAGCACUGCCAGCGGCCCCUCGCUGGGCUUCGAGGGGAGUCUGUAUGCUGACUAUGGGUUCACUGGGGGGAAGAUCAGCGAUCAUGCCGAUGACGUGGCGGCUGACAUGGCGCAUGCUUUGCUGGACGAAGCGUACGCUGCCACGUGGCAGCUGCUGGCGGAUCACAAGGCGGCCCUGGUCAAGGCAGUCAAUGUGCUAAUGGCGAAGGGAGAGAUCCAAGGAUCGGAUCUGGAUAUCAUCCUCGACGCCUACCCUGCUGGAACACCUGUCCAGGUGGUUGAAACAGAGGCGGCACCUGGGGAACUACCUGAAGCCUUUGCAGGGCAUUCGGGGGACACAGAGAGCGAAGGAGAGGAAGAGGACGGAAGGAGGAGGAGGAGGAGGGAGGAGGGGGUGGAGGUGAGAAAAGUGGAAGGGAAGUUUAGGAGUGUGUUGGGAGGGAUAUUAGAAGAAAAGGGGAAGGAGGAGGUGGGGGAGGAAGGGGAGGGAGUGAGGGAUGGUGAGUUUUGGGAGGGGGAGGGUGGGGUGGGGGAGGAUAAGGAGGAGGGAAGAAAGGUGGAGGGACGCAGCUCUGAGGCUUCAGAUGGGGAGAGAGAGAAUGGGGAUGAUGAGGAGUGGGGGGAAGUAGAGACAGAUGGGGAUGAGGAUGAGAGGUUGAUCUUGGAAGCUAUGGAUAGGAAGGCAGUAGCGGUGGGAGGGAGUGGAGAGGAAUUAAGUGGGAUGGAGAAGAGUGGUGAGGGGCGACUUGGGGAAGAAGUGAAGGCGGCUGAGCCUCAAACGGUUGAGAGGAGUGCGGAGGUUUCUGUUUUAGGAGCAGAGGUUUCAGGAGAGGGUUUAGGAGGAGGAGACACUUCAGAAGCUAAGGCACCAGUUGCAAGUAGUGCUGUUUCUAGUGCUGAGGGGGCGAGGGGAGAGGGAAAAGCAGCAGGGGUUGUAUCGGUAUCAUCAGGGACGGCCACAAAUUCCGUUGCUGCUGCUGCUCCAUCUGUCACUGCCGCAACAGGUUUAGUCGCAAGUAUUGCUGUUUCUAGUGCUGAGGGGGUAGGACCGUCGGCACCAUCAGGGACGGUGGGGGGAGAGGGAAAAGCAGCAGGGGAUGUAGCGGUUUCACAAGUGGUAUCAAAGGGGGUGGAUGAUGGUCGCCACAGUUUGGCCGGGCAGACCGGUCAGUCCGGGCUGACCGGUCAGGCCGGGCAGGCUGUGCAGACCGGGCAGGCUGGGCAGAUUGGGCAGGCUGGGCAGAUUGGGCAGGCUGGGCAGAUCGGGCAGGAUGAUAUGAAAGCACAGGGGGGUCCUGCAAGUAAUGGAACUCUGGGGAAGCGGAAAGGUGAUGAGAAGCUUGGAGCAGGUGAAAGUACUGGUGGUGCGGUUGAGAUGGGGGAUGGUCUCACGUUAGUGCGGCCUAAUGGUAAGCAGACAGAGGAAGAGUAG